AUGUCUACUCGUCCUAUCAUAGUUAUCGCCGGCGUUGGGAACGGCUCAGGUACAGGUGGUGCGACUGCCCGUGUGUUUGCCCAGGCCGGAUACCGCGUCGCACUGAUUGCUCGGGGCGGAGACAAGCUUCAGAAGGCCACAGAUGAGCUCAUCCAGGCCGGCAGCGAGGCUGUUGCAUUCCCCAUCGAGUCGUAUAGCUACCAGUCGCUCACCGACGUUUUCGGUGCCAUCCGCGCGCAUGCGUGGACCGCAGACGGCCCCGCGCCCGAGAUCCGCGCGGCGCUCUGGAACGCAGGCGUCGGAGUGCGCAAGCGCUUCCUCGACAUCACCGAGGCGGACCUCACGCAGGUCACGGACACGAACGUGCAUGGCGCAUUCGCGUUUGCGCACCAGGUUAUAACUGCGUUUCAGAAGAACGCGCUCGACGCGCAGGGGAAGCGUGGCACGCUCAUAUUCACUGGCGCGACGGGAAGUCUCCGCGGGAACGUGACGACGAGCGCGUUUGCGGCGGGCAAGUUCGCGCAGCGUGCUCUCAGCCAGAGCCUGAACAAGGAGUUUGGGCCGCAGAACAUCCAUGUGCGAAUCCUGACCGAUCUGUCGCUUUCGCGCCAAACCGACGAGGCUUCCAGGAAGGCUUACCAAGAGGACGCGAACACUCGCCUCGACCCCGAGAGCAUCGCAAAGAGCUACCUCUAUCUGGCGAGCCAGGACAAAUCCGCGUGGACGUGGGAGCUCGAUCUCCGUCCGGCUCACGAGAAGUGGUGA